GCCGCUUUUAAACGUGUUUUCCAUUAUUGUUAUUUAUAGAUUUGUAUCUUAUAGAUUGUAUUUUAAUGUUUGAAACAGUUUCUAUUUUUUUUAAAGUUCAUAAACCUUUUUAAUUCCUUUGAAUUUCUUCAGGCAUGUUCAUGAAUGGAAUCUCUUCUGCACGUUUCACAUGCACAGAUUACAGAGGAAGUCACAUGACUUCCUCUUUGGGGGCGGGGCUGCAGAGAAAGGAACCCUUCAGUGAGUUUAUAUUUCCAGAGGAAAGAACAUCCAGAGGUUCUGGGUUCUGCUCUCUCCCGGGCCAAACCACCUUUUCCUCAUUUUACGAGCUGUUGGGGAAACUUUGGACUUUGACCCGAGUGUAGUCUCAUUUCUCCGGCGUCACUGACGAUGAACGCUUCAGGCUCUGAUCUGCUGAUGUCAGAGGAGGUUCUGGAUGAUCUGGACCUGUACAGACUCGAAUCCACUGCAGAGGGUCGGCAGAGACUGAUCCCAGCUGUCAGGAGGUGCAAGAAGGCUCGCAGACUGGGUGGCUGUGUCCUCUCUGAGACUGACUGGGAGGAGGUGGCCUCAGCUCUGACGUCCAAUCCCUCCUACCUGACAGAACUGGACCUGAGUGACAACAAGAUGCAGGAUCAGUCAGUGAAGCUUCUGUCUUCUGGACUGCAGAGUCCAAACUGCAAACUGCAGGUUCUGAGGCUGAAGAACUGCAGUCUGUCAGAGCUCGGCUGUUCUGCUCUGACCUCAGCUCUAAAGUCCAACCCGGCCCACCUGACAGAACUGGACCUGGGGGCGAACAAGCUGCAGGAUCCAGGAGUUCAGCACCUGUGCGGGCUUCUGCAGAUUCCAGACUGCCGGCUGCAGACUCUCAGACUGGAUGAAUGCAGUCUGUCAGAGACCAGCCUUUCUGCCCUGGCCUUGGCUCUGAUGUCAAACUCGACCCCUCUGACCGAACUGGACCUAAGCUACAACUGGGAUCUACAGGAUCCAGGAGUUCAGCACCUGUGUGGUUUUCUGCAGCAUCCAGACUGUCAGCUGCAGACUCUGAGGCUGAAGAACUGCAGUCUGUCAGAGCUCAGCUGUGCUGCUCUGACCUCAGCUCUAAAGUCCAACCCGUCCCACCUGACAGAACUGGACCUGAGUGGGAACGAGCUGCAGGAUCCAGGAGUUCAGCACCUGUGUGGUUUUCUGCAGAGUCCAGACUGCCGGCUGCAGACUCUGAGGUUAAACGCCUGCAGUCUGUCAGAGCUCAGCUGUGCUGCUCUGGUCUGGGCCCUGAAGUCCAACCCGUCCCACCUGACAGAACUGGACCUGCGGGGUAACAACGACCUGCAGGACUCAGGAGUUCAGCACCUGUGUGGGUUUCUGCAGAGUCCAGACUGCAGGCUGCAGACUCUGAGGUUGUGGAGCUGUGGUCUGUCUGAGCUCAGCUGUGCUGCUCUGGUCUGGGCUCUGAAGUCCAAUCCGUCCCACCUGACAGAACUGGACCUGAGAUUCAACAAUCUGGAAGAUGCAGAUGUUUAUGAGCUGAAUGAACUGAUGGAGAGUCCAGACUUCCACCUGCAGACUCUGAGAUGGAAGUGAUUUCUUGGGAUCAACCAUACGGACAUCUGAGUGUUGACCAGGCGCACUGGCAGGACGCUGCAUGAGCAUGAAUUACAAUCGGUGAAUGUGAUUCUCUUUAACGUGGCACUCACAGGAUGCAGAGCAGCCAUAGUAAAAAAAAACACUCACAUACUGCAGGAUACGCAGUGGGUGAAGUGCAUCAUGGGAGUUGGUGCUUUGGUCUUUAUGUGAGUGAUGGUCAGACUUCAUUUGUGUUGUUUUGUGCGAUUUUCUUCAUUUCUGUUCCUCUCUGGGUGUGAGUCUGAAUCCUGCUGAAGCAUCACGAUGAGGUUUUCCAGCUUUUGAUCUUAGAAAAGCUGCUGAUCAAAUCAUCACGUUUUUAGUUCAAUCAAGAAUGUUGAAGAUAUUUUAUUUAGAACUAAGACUUGUGAUGUUGUAUUCAAUGCAAAUACCAGAAAUGAAGACUUACAGUCACUGGCCAUAGGCACACCUGUCCAACUGCUCAUUAACACAAAGUCCUAAUCAGCCAAUCGUAUGACAACAACUAAAUGCAUUUCAGCAUGUAGACACGGUCCAGACGACCUGCUGCAGCUCCAACCAGCAUCAGAAUGAGGAAGAAAGGUGACUGAAGUGACUCUGAACGUGGUUGUUGGUUCCAGACGGGCUGGUCUGAGGAUUUCAGAAACUGCUGAUCUACUGGGAUUUUCACCCACAACCAUCUUUAGGGUUUACAGAGAAUGGUCCAAAAAGAGAAAAUAUUGAGCAGCAGUUCUGUGGAUGGAAAUGCCUUGUUGAUGUCAGAGGUCAGACUGAUUCCAGCUGAUAGAAAGAUAACAGGAACUAAAAGAACCACGGGUUCCAACAGAGCUCUGCAGGAGAGCAUCUCUGAACACACAACACGUCCAACCUGGAGGCGGAUGGACUACAGCAGCAGAAGACCACAGCGGGUACCACUGCUGUCAGAGCAGGGAACUAAUAUUGUGUCGUUUGUAAAUUGACACAGAUUUAUACAGCCAGGCGUAUUUUCUACGUCACAAAUACAACCUUUUUCAAUCUGUAUUUUUAUCUGGUCCUUAUUCACAAUGAUUUAAAUAAAAAAAUUAGAAAGGUGGUUUAAAGAUUCAUUUACGUUUUAUAUGUACUGCAUAAGAAAAAUGCCACAAGAACACGAUAAAAACACAAGGAACACAAUUUUCACCAGUUAGUUUGUUAUAAAAGAAAACAGAAGUGAAGAUUUCCUCCUUUAUCAACUCUUUUCCUAAUUUCCAUUUGUAUUUCACCAACAAAGAAUUGAAAAUGACAUUAAAAUGUGUUUUGGGGUAAA